UCGAUUAGAAUAGUCUGAAGCCGGAUUAAAUAUAAGUAUUUAUGUGGACAUACGUUCUUUUGGCUUGGAGAUAAUUUCCUCGCUUCAUGUAUAUCGCUCACAAUUUGGAUCCAUCGAAUAUGCUAAUAUUAAAUGCAUUUGCAAUUAAAGAGCUUGCGUGACGCAUGUAAAAAUUUUCCAAGUAUGCGGAGGCGGCUAUUAAGAUCCUGAUAUAGUUUAUACAGCGAGCUAUUUCACAGCUAUCGAGCAUCCGUAUCUUUCAACGAUCGAUUGUCGUAAAGGAAAAUCUUUAGCGAGUGUACCUUCGCACCCUGAAUUGUAUUUACACAAUGGCAGAAACACAGCGAAUGACCACGUAUGGAAGAUAUCCAUCGUGUGCAAAUAAUUCUCGCCUCGAAGAAAGAAGAUCUAGAAGGCUGGCCAUGAUAUUGGAACGAAACAGAAAAUCGGACAAACCAGAUGAUUUCGUGUGCUACGAAUCAAGCGACGACGAAGAGGAAACUGUCAUGGAUGGUAAACAGUUUUUAAGGACAUCGUUCAACUUUAUCGAUUACGUUCGCUCUCGAGAAACCAAUACAAGAGAAAUUCGCAAAAUUAAUCAAGAAUUUGGCUCGAGGCAUAUACUAAGUCAUGAUCUUUUUAAAGAAUAUUCGGUUAGUUUAAAUAAUAUGAAUAAAGUAUUCUGUUCUCAAUGGCUCAGCGAUCGACAAGUUGUGUUUGGAACCAAAUGCAAUAAAUUAAUGGUUUAUGAUGUUGCUACGCAAAAAUUAGAUCAGAUUCCAUCUUUGCACGGGAGACAAAAUUCCUCUGGCGGAUUAGGCGGUGUUGCCGAACAGCAAUGUGGCAUACAUUCCGUUCAAAUAAAUCCAUCGAGGACUCUUUUGGCUACAGGAGGUAGAAAUAGUACUGAGAUAGCAAUUUAUAGAUUACCAACUUUAGAUCCUGUAUGCGUUGGUGAAUCAGGACACAGGGACUGGGUAUACGAUAUGUGUUGGCUAGACGAUGAAUUCUUAGUUUCAGGAUCUAAGGAUACUAAAAUGGCUUUGUGGCAAAUUGACAGCGAUUUAUCCGAAGCUCCGGACAAAGCCGACAUACCAUCGCACAGACUAAUUCAGCCAGUGUGUGUCAAAGAAUGUAGAUCUGCUCAGAAGGUGCGCUCGUUGCUCUUCAACAAAGCAUACAAAGAAAUCGCUGUAUUGUCGAUGAACAGUUUUAUACACAUUUGGUCCGCAGAAACAUUUAAGCAAAAAAUAUCUCGUAAGUUACCCGCUUGUCAAGAUAAUGUUUGUUUAGCUGUACACGAUGAUGGAUUGUACGCAGUUGGAUGUCGAUCGUACACAUUACUUUUAGAUGCUAGAACUCUACAGCCAAUUAAGAAAGUACCAUCGAGAUACAGCGGAUGUGGCAUUAGAUCAGCCAGUUUUCAAGGCUCGGUAUUAACAAUUGGAACAGGGCUCGGAAUGCUCAUGUUUUACGAUAUUAGAGCCCAAAAAUAUUUGGAAUCAUCGAUUAAUUCUAAUCGAACUGUCAUGUUGAAAGCUUCCAAGGGUUAUGUGUUCCCCGAUGAAGAUUACAUCGAUGGAUUUCAAAACGUUAAAUACACUCCGGCCAUUUAUACGCAUUGCUAUGAUGCAUCAGGAACUCGUCUGUUUUGUGCUGGUGGUCCACUUCCAACUAAUCUCUAUGGGAAUUAUGCAGGAUUAUGGCAAUGAAUAUACACGUUCAUUAAUACGUAUAGUUGUAAUUUUAUCGAUCUUAAUCAUCACAUUUUGUGACAUGUGCUUA